GGCCUGGGCGACAGCAGCAGCUCAGCUCAGGCACCAGGACCGCAUGUCAUCCUCCAGGUGGUUGUUGCUGUAGACCAGUGGAGACUGUAAUCUGAAUUCUGAUAGUAUCUGAGUGAUAAUUAUUGAUGCUACGAGUCAUUGUGAGUCAUUGUGGAGGCAAGAAAAAGAAGAUUGUAUGCAGCUGUCUAAAAAGUAAUUAAUCAGACCGACAGUGUGCAGCACUAUUCCUGAACAAAGUGUGUGUUUACUGUGCGGAUACGCCUCAAUGAAAACGGGGAUCGUGGAACCGGUGGUAUGUUUGAAGUCUUUUUCUUAAAGUUUACUACAUUUUCAGGAUUUGCGAGAGAGCAAUACGAGAACUUUGUGAGCCAUGAGUGGUGCACACAGUAGAGAAACAGAGCAGCUGCUGAACUCUGACAUUACCAGCCUUAGACGACCUCUGGACUCCUCGGCCGAGACUGAAGCGUCGGACAGCGCGCUCCAUACCCGGGGUACACAAAGUGGCUAUGACGAUGACACUCCCAGUGAUCGUCCCGGAGGAAUAAGUAACUUUGAGGCCUUUUUGCAUAUCGUGAAGGGCAACAUCGGAACUGGACUUCUAGGCUUGCCAUUUGCCUUCAAGUAUGCUGGCUUUGCGGUUGGGAUUUGCAGCAUGGUGUUUGUGGCCUGUGUGGCAACAACAUGCAUGCAGAUGCUUGUCCGCUGCAGUCACCGGUUAUGCCGAUUGUAUAAGAAGGACACGCUCGAUUAUGCCGGUGUGGGAGAGUUUGCAAUUGAGUUAUGGGCACCGAAUAGAGGGUGGAGUAAAUACAGCAAGUUCAUUGUGAAUCUCUUCCUGUGCCUGACGCAAGUAGGAUUCUGUUGUGUGUACUACCUCUUCGUCGGUGCUAACCUGCAGGCGGUAUUUCGCUCAUGUGGCGUGCAUGCGCACCUAACGGAAAUGGUAGCUGUGCUGGCGCCGCUGUUCAUGCUCGGUGCGAUGAUCCGUGAUCUGAAGACGCUGGCGAUUUUCUCCGGCAUUGCUAAUCUCCUGCAAGUCAUCUGCAUUGUGAUCAUCAUGGUCUUCAUUGGCAUCCGCGGCUUUCCCCACUGGCAUGACGUGCACCUGGUGCCGGAGAAGGCCACCGACAUUGCGCUCUUCUUCGGCCUGUCCAUGUUCUCCUUGGAGGGUAUUGGUGUGAUUCUUCCACUGGAGAAUGAUGUUGGGAAGCCCAGUAACUUCCGACGGGUUAUUUUCACGUCUAUGUCGGUUGUAUCCGCAAACUACAUCUUCAUGGGUGCUAUUGGUUAUGCCUGCUUUCCGAAUGAAAUCCUGGGCAGCAUUACCCUAAACUUGCCAGAGGAUCCUGUAGCCAAGAACAUCCCGUACAUCUACACGAAGAUCUUCUACGCCGGUUCCAUCUUCCUCUCCUUCUUCCUGCAAUUCUACGUAGCAGCUGACAUUCUUGAGCCGAGGAUCAUGAGGCCGUUCACAGGCCGUCGUCGUACUCUCUCCAGUCUGGUCUUCCGCAUCGUUUUAGUCAUUUUCGCUGGCGGAAUGGCACUCGGUGUGCCGGAUCUUGGCCUGUUCAUCUCGCUGGUGGGUGCGUUUGGCAGCAGCAUGCUGGCUAUGACCUUUCCACCUCUGCUGUACUCGCUCGUGUUCUGGGAUGAGAUCGGGCCAGUCCAGCUGACCGUCAACUGCAUACUGUCCACUAUCGGUAUUGUUGGAAUGAUCGUCGGCACGUAUGCUACCAUCGAGCAACUUAUCCAGGCCUUUGAUAACUCGCCGACGCCAACUCCCGCAACUCUGUCCCCGAGUUCCAUUGCGUCACUUUCCUGGUAAACAUGCUCUCUUUUACUUCAUGAUGACUUCUAAUUUCUUUCUUUUUGACAUUAGUUUUGGCUCCAUUUAGAGUACAACAACUGUAGCCUGUACUAAAGCUUUUAAAUCCUCUAAGGCCACAACACUGUAGGUAGGUUUGCCACAUAGGAAUUUCACACUCCACUGCAAGUGCUUUGUAACGUUAUUUUACGCGAGCAUUUCUGCAUGCACACACAUGCAUGCAGACACCCACACCCACACACACACUCUCUCUCACACACACACACACACAUACACACACACACACACACACACACACACACACACUUAUGCAUGCACGUGCACGCUACUUAAUGCUCUGUAUGGAGCAGACCGGUUCCUUCUUACAACUCCCAGACUGGUGUCACUCAGUCAUGUUUCUGGUGUCUUUGACAUUUUUGAAGCUCUCCUUUAUUACAACAUAUAAUUUAUAUUGCUGGUGAAGGACAGGUAGUUUAUAUGUUGCUCAGUGCUGGAACUGUAUACUAAUAUUGAUCAUUACAUGUAACGUUAACUUGUUUUUCUUUCUCGAACUUUGACAGCCUUUUUCGUACACCUUGAGUGGUGUUUCUUGUAUUGGACAGUAGGAUCAUUUUGCGAUUGAAUUUCCGCUUUACCAUCUUAGUAUUUUGAAUACGGGCCAGGUGCCCUCUCUGCUGUU